AUGGAAACCGAGGAGGGAGACGCCCCAGCGGACGUGGGGCGCGGCGUGCCUGCGAGCGGGGGUGGAGGAGAGGGGGCGCUGGCGGAGGGAGGCGAGGUAGUUGCGAUUGGUACGAUUGGCACUAUUAGCAGCAUUGGCGAGGUUGGUCAGGUUUUCCAAAUCGACCCCAUUGACCACAUCAACCCUAUCAACCCUAUGGAUGACGGAAGCCUUUUGGCCAGCCCGGGAAAGACCCCCCCCGGGGAGGAGAAGCGCGGGGGAAGUGGCACCUCGCAGACGGGGGGAAUAAAAAUAGGCAUCAACAAGAAGGACUACGAUUUGUACAUUAGCCAGCUGAAGGAUAAGGGGGUGAAGGAUGUGGCCAAAAGUAACGGGGCCAAAAUGAGAAGGAGCAACAGUGGAGGGAAAAACGAGUGCGACUCGGAUUACUACGACAUGAAGCACAUUGACGGAAACACCACGGAAUUUUUCGACGAUGCAGAUGCAAGCAACAAAAGAACCAUCAACACGAUUAUAAGUAGAAUGGACAGUGAUUUAACAAACACGGAGGAUGUCCUUAGCAAAGUAAAUGAGAAUAGCACCACCUACAUGAGCAAUGAAAAUCAUAUAGGCCUCGCGAACAAUGAGGUAGACAUUACAGACCACGCGAAUUUCAAUCCCCAUUUCGAGUUCGAUGAGAUGAUGGGCCCAUCCGAUAAGACCACCUACGUGGAGAAUUGCGAGCACGUUAGUUUUUUUAAGAAUGGGGAGACAGACCAGGUGGGGUUCAGGAGUGGGGGGUGCAAGGCCGGCGAGGAGAGCGCCUUCCACGCGGGCGCGAGCGAGGCGGGAAGUCACCAGGCAAGCGAGGGUGGCGACCACCAUGCAUGUGAGAGUGGCGGUCAGGAAGCAAGUGAGAGUGGCAUCCAUCAUGCUAGUGAAAAUGGAGGCCAGCCCCGACGCGGCGACUUGGUGGAGGAACCUCCCAGCCCCGAACUGAACAACCCGGUGCCUCUAAACACCGCCGAACCAUUUGCAAAAAACGAACAACAAAGGGAAGAGGACAAAUUGCCGAGCAGAGUCAACCCCACUUUUGGGGAUCUAACCCACCUGAGUCAGCUACCACACAUAGUCAGCAGCACCUACGCCUUUUUGGAGAAUGAAGAACUGACGAGCAGGCUGAACACCUUCUGCAGCAGAGUUCAAAAUGGAGAGGCCACUUCUGGAGGGGGGCCACCUCACCACCUUGACGGAAAAAUGGCAGUCGAAUCGAAGAUAGAUUCAGGCGAAGAGGUACCUUUGUUGGUCGGUGCACAGCAGGGGGAUCUUCCAGGGGGACCAUCUACACAAAGGGAGCGUCGCCCUGGAGGAGACCAUUUUUACAAUGAAGGGGGAAGCGAACAGGAAGAGGAAAACGGGGGGGGGUCAGAACGGUCAAGUCUUCUUAAAGAAAAAGCCACAAGAAAGAGGAAAAAGAGCGACGAAGAAGAUCUACGUAAUGGUUCUAAGGAUGCGAAAAUAUUGCUGCGACAGAGGGAGCAAAAUAAUGUGGACGUGAGGGGCGAUUAUACCCAUCUGUAUGAGGAGGCCCACAAGGACAUCAUCGAGGAGUGCCUGCGCAUGUGCAAUGGGGAGAGGAGGGACCCCGGCGGGUGCGCCAUUCGUAGGACGAGCCACAGCAGUGGAGGUGGCAGCAGCGGUGAUGGUAGCGGCGUUAGCGGCGGUGGUAGCUGCGAUGUUAGCUGCGGUGUUAGCUGCGGCGGCAACGUGGGUUGCUCCAGCGGAGAGACGCUCCCGUCGAACGUGGCCUUGAACAGCGGAGGGGAGAAAGACGGGGACCAGCGGGGCGGCCAGGGUGGAACUCCACCACGGGAGGGGGGGCACACAGAUGAUCUGUACGACGAAGCGAUUGCAGCGGUCAAAAAGGUGGGCAGGCGGGUAGGAAGGAAGAGUAAAAAUUGUGCCCAUAAAUCUGGAGAGGCGAACGGUGAUGCGAAAGGGAAGGCGCGAAUGGGGUUGAGGCCCUCCGGUGGGUGUGACGUCGAUGCCGCAGCAGAGUGUGCAGCGGAUGAGGAGCACAUGGGUGACACUCACAUGGGUGACACUCACAUGGGUGACCCGCACGUGGGUAACCCGCACCGCGAUCAUUUGAAAGAGAACGGGGAAGAGGAACAACCAAAUGGUAGCGAACGAGGAAGGGCAAAGCAUGGAAACACAAGUGAGACCUACGCGAGGAGACCCCUCAGAAAUGCUGCCAAGAAAUGCAUUCACUUGUGGUCCGAGGAGCUAAAGAAAAAAAACGAAAAGCACAACGCCGCACUGGAGAGAAGCAAACAUAUGAGCGACCAAAGAAAGGAGGAGCGGGCCAUGCGGAGGAAAGAGAGGGUAAUAAAAAAUGGGUCUAAAGUAAUCCCCAGGGGAGGACUGGCUAGAGGAUACGGUGGAAGAGGCUGGGCUAGGGGGGAAGCCAAAAGUGAGACGAAGUUUGCCCGGGAGGAUGCGAACGGGAGUGAUGCUGCCGAGGAAGAGGAGGGAGAAGAAGCGGAGGAAAUGCAGGACGCGGAGGAAGGAGCUAGCGGUAAAGAGUACUGCGAAGAAGGCGCCGAAGGAGCUAGCGGUAAAGCGUACUGCGAAGAAGGACAGGAAGGGACCCAUCGACGGGCGAGGGGACGGCCAUCCCAGCGAACAGGUAGCCACACCGAUCCGAAGGUACGAGAAAGGAACCAAGGAAAUGAAUCCUACGGAAGUAGCGAAGUAAAAUCAGACCAUCUAAGCAAUGAGGCAAACGAAAGAGGAACAAAGGGAGGAAGAAAAAAAAACGAUUUGGCAUCGUUAGGACAAGAACACAACAAUAUUCCUAUCCUUUUUAAUGACACUAUGGAUGAGAGAGAGAUGUUUAAGUACCUUGACCUCUUGCGACAUUUGCCAAGUAAGAAGGGAGGUGCUCAGUACAAAUUGCACAAGGCUAUAUUAACGGAGGAAAUGGUUCGGAGGGCAAAAAAAUUCCCCCUCGUGCAGGGUGUGUACUUUGAUAGGUACCAGCAAAGGUGGAGCGUCAACUGGAAUGAGGAUGGGAAGAGAGUCGCCAAAUAUUUCCCCAUUAAAUUAUUUGGGUUCGACUAUGCAAGGAGAUUGGCUAUAUAUUGUAAAAACUAUCAGAAGAUCCCCGAGGAGGCGCUCAUCUUUGAACAGGCCUACCGGGCCAGUCAGCAGAGCAACAAGCAUAGGAAUGACCCUUCGGAGGGCGUCGUCGGGGGGGUGGUAGCGGGUGCCAACGUUGGGGUGAGCGAGGUUGGGAAUGGGAAUGGAAGCGGGAAUGGAAGCGGGAGUGCAAACGGGAGCGGCAAUGGCAGUGCGAAUGGCAGUUGGAACGGAAGCGGGAAUGGCGGGGGGAGGCCCAGACGGGGAGCGCCCAAGAAAGGCUACAAAAAGAGGGGCCUCCGAAAGCAGGACAAUUCGAACGAAGACAAGUCGAGCAGCGGCUAUGGGAAGAGGAGGAAAAAUAUUAACAGCUAUCCAAGUGGGGGUGUGGGCAGCUCGAUGAACGAAGGUCCGGGGGAUAACGAGGGAGCUUGUCGCGGCCCAGGGCAGAUCCCCCCCGCGAGCAACUACUCCGGCAGUGCGAAUAGCGGCGUCAGCAGCGGUGCGAAUGACGGUGCGUAUGGCAGCGAGAAGAGGGAUUCCAGUUACAGAAGUGAUGGCGGCGCGAAGGAGGUCGAGCGAAGUGGCCUCCCCAAGGUGGCUCCCUACUUCCCUGGUGGCAGCCUUCCCGGUUCGCAGGGUGCAGGGGAGAAGCUCGCAGGAGAGAAGUACCUCGGCGGGUUGAACCACCCUUCCAGCCAGCACACCGUGCACCCCCUGCACACCCUGCAGAGCAUCUGGGGAGGCCUGGGGAACAUGAAGGCGCCCUCGGCAGCGAACGAGGGGGGUCUGGACCAGCAGCUCGUGCAGGGGUACCUUUUAGAGGGCGACUCGUUCCUGUGCGACUUCCAGGGUGGCGCCAAGCACGGCCAUCUGGGGAGCGGCCAUCUGGGGAGCGGCCAUCUGGGGAGCGGCCAUCUGGGGAGCGGUCAUCCGGGGAGCGGUAACCCGGGGAGCGGUAACCCGGGGAGCGGCCACCCAAAUAGCGGCCACGUGAAGGAGGAACAGAAGAACGUCGGAGGCAUCGAUGGUAACGCAGACCGAACGGACGUGGAGAGCAUGCUGCUCAUGAGACAGAGGAUGAUGAUGCUUGAGCAGGGAAGAGCAGCAAAUGCGAGCAUGUACAUGCCGUUUGGAAGUGCCACCAUGGGAUUCCCCAUCACACACUCCAGUAACGAACUGAGACGCUUUGGAAGUGGAGACACUCAUUUUGAAGGGGAGAAGAAAAGCAGCGGUAUGAAUAACAUGGUUGGUAGUGUAGGCGGUGCAAACAUGGGCAAUGUGUUGCCCUUUACAACCCAUUCUAAUCACCCCAGUGAGGUAAUCCAAGCGGGUGAAAAUCACAGGGAAAUGAGCAGCAGUGCUUUGCCUCACAUGAUGAUGAUGGGGAGCUGUACAGUUGAAGGGGAAGAGAAAAAAAGGGAAAGAAAAAAAGGGGAGGCGAAAAAGAAUCAUUUUGUUUGCACCUCCACGGGGGCAUCUUCCUUUAAAUCUUCCGCCUCUCACAUUUCGUCCACGUCGUCGUGCUAUAAGAACAUGGAGGUGUAUUUGUCCUCCAAUGGGCCGUUCCAAGACAUGGGGGAGGCUCUCAGGUGGAGGAAAGGGGGAGCGGCGGAUAAAGGGGAUGCGGCGGACAAAGGGGGAGCGGAAGACGUGGCGAACGUGGCAGACGCUGCGGAUGCGGCGCUCCCCUCCACUUGCAGCGACCAGAGGGGCAGUUACCAUACGGCGAACCAGGAGGCAAAAAGGAGAGAAAAGAGCGAUGCGCCGAGCAUUCAGGGCGCUCACCAGGAUAACGUCAGCAGGGGUGAGGGCAAUAGUCACGGGGGAUACCUCCUUGGGGGGAAAAGACCCCCUCGAGUGGAGGAAGAACCCGAGGAGGGGGAAGAAGAUGACGACGCUGAAGAUGAUGACGAAGGGGAAGAGGAUGAAGAAGGAGCUAACCCCCGUGAGUACGUUCCAAGGGGGAGAGGCGGCAUAGCUCCUAAUGUAGUAACCCCCGCGAUGGAAAAACACACAAUUGAACAAGCAGUUAGAAGUAUAAUGCCAAAGGAGGAGAGCACCCACAAAGGGGUAACCCAUUUGAACUCCAUUGAUGGUGUGUCUCAGGUCGGGGGAGAGGAGGAUGGAAGAAGCAGAUACCCCCACGGUGUAGGCAGAAGCACAGUGGAAGGAGGCCAGAGGGGAGUACCCUCCGAAAAUGAGGGAAACAAAAUGGAGGACAUAUUUAACAUAAGCAAGUACAGCGAGAUAGUGAGCAGUCUUGAGGACUACAACCUCAUCAGUCGAAUGAGCCAGAUGGGUGUAAAAAUGGAGAGGGGGUUGUUCCACCUGGGGGGGCUAAAUUUCAAGAGGGAGAACACGGAGGGGGGGGCGAGCAGGGACGGCGGUAGGGAGGAAGUCCCCCAAAAGGUUGGUACCAUCAACAGGGGAGAAGUCCCCCAGAACGGUGACAGUAUGAACCGAGGGGAAGUGCCAAACGGGGGAGCCCUCCCCAGUGAGGACGCCUCCAACGGGGGAGACCUCACCCAGGAGAGCAACCCAAACGAUAUCAACUCGAGAAUAGUGGGGGUGCACUACGACAGGAAGCAAUACAGGUGGAAGGCCACCUGGUACACAUCCCACGGGAGGAGGUGUGCAAAAUAUUACCCCAUAAAGCAGUACGGCUAUUUGGAGGCGAAGAAAAUGGCCAUCGAAUGUAGGAGGGCAUAUAACGCCUACAAGAAGUUAAAAAAGGGUCCAGAAAAUGGCAUAGAAGAAGGCGAAUUCAAUUUCGAGAGCAUCAUUUUCCCCAAGGAAUAUUAUAUAACCCUUUUUGAAAAUGAUGAAAAGAAAGAUGGGUAUUUUUGGAACCCAAAAAGGAACAAAAAGACGGGGAAGAAGAGCCCCUUUUUGGACAAUAAUGAGAAGCAGAGGAGGCACUACAAUGAGGCGCUGAAAAAGAUAACAAACGUCAAGUGUAAGGACCUUUCGCAAUUGAAUGAGUUUAUGAAGGUGAGGAAGAACGACGGCGAGACGUCUACCUACGCGUCCGUGGCGGUGGCGGCGGACCCUGUCGAGGCCUCCAACGUGUUCGCGCAGGGGGAGCGGCAGGGGGAGGAGCGGCACUGGGAGGAGCAGCAGCAGGAGCGGCAGUACCGGGGGGGGGACUACCCCGGCGCGCAGAUGGAGGCGUACCAAGGUGGAACCGACCCAUUUGGAUCGUACAAGGAUGAACCGUACCGCGGCGAAUCAUACCAUGGUGAAGCUUACCAUGGUGAGCCAUACCACGGUGAAGCUUACCCCGGUGAGUCAUACCCCGGUGAGCCCUUUCAGGCGGCGGCGCCCCCAAGUGCAGACUCCGCGGCCCCCGUCGAUGCGAGCAGUGUGGACGCGGCCCCCCCUCCCAUCCUGGAGAAUGAGCAGAACGAGGAAUGGAGCACCCGGCAGGGGGGAUACACCCAGGGGGGGAUGUUCCAAGACGGCUGCUGCAGUGUGGUGAAUGGGGAGGGGCACCACGUGCCUACAAGCGUGUGUUCAGCGCACGUGGCGGCGAACGGCUGUCCGGUGCAUGUGCCUACAAAUACAUGUUCAGCGCACAUGCCUACAAAUGCGUGCUCCUCGGAAGCCCCUGCGAACGCCUGCUCCGCGCAGAACGUGUCCUCCCUCCUCUCGCUGUACUACCUCUCGGAAAACAUCCUCAAGUUCCAGAAGGGAACCAUCAAGUGUAUUCUGCAAGACCUGAGGGACAACUGCCUGUCCAAUCUGGCCUACGACAUUAAGAACAUAACCUUCCAAGAAUACUACAUGGCCAUUCACUACCUGAAUAGGUAUGUGGAGGACUCCAACUGCUACGAUGACAUAUUUUUCCUUCUAAAAAUUUUGGCCAAGAAUUUAGAAAUUCGGAAGAUCCCAAGCUUGUACAAUGAGGAGGAGCAGAAGGAGCUGCUGAACUCCCUGACCGUCAUCACCAAGCAGAUGAAGAGCGGCUACUCGUUCUUCACCCCCGGCACUGUGAGGAGCGCCAGCGAGGGGGGCGAGGCGGCCGCGGGGGUGACUCCGUCCGACCGCUUCUCCGUCAUAUUUCAGUAG